UUUGUUUGUUUUUGUGAGAUCAAGCACAGAUGCUACUAGCAGGAUUCAAAGGUUUUCAAAAUGCGGUGUCUGGUAACACAGAAGAUCAUUUCGCUUUCAAAAAAGAAACACAUUCCAUUCCUGUGUGUGUUAAACUGAUAUCACUGCUGGACAACUCCCAGAAAAAGCCAUUCUUUAGCAGCAGUAUAAAAUUUUAUGCCAGUCCUCUGUGUUCCUGGAAUGAGAGCCUCUUGUAUACACGUUUAGCAGCACUAUCUAAAACAGAGUUUUGUGCUUGAAACUGGCUGCGGGCUUUAACAUCACCACCCAAUCUCUGCUUGUUUCAGGUGCCUGAGCUAUGGAAAAAUUAUGCUUGUGCUUCAAGCAUAUUGAAACAUGAUUAAGCAGGCCUGAGGUAGAAAUACAGGCUUGAGGGUACUAAUAAAACAUAGCAGCAUGUGCUUUGCUGCUGUGGCCUAGUAGAGGCAAAGGAAGCAAGGGCACGAGUUCCAACAGGUGUGUAAAGACGAGUUAGGCGGUUUCGUUUCCUUUUUCACUUUUUCACUCCAAGAUAAGCCACGUCGUAUCCGAUCCCGGCCUUUUCCCCGACGGCUGAAGGGGAAGCUCCCCCGGCACCCCAAGCCAGCGGCGUUCCGCAUGCGGAGAGGCCCGCAGCCUGCCCCUCCCAGCCCGGACCAGACCCGGACGCGGACCCGGAGCCAGACCGGGGCGCGGGAGACAAUGCCUGGGCCCGCCCCGCGCCAUUCCCGCCGCACGUCACCGCGGGGCGGAGCGCGGCGCCCGAUUUAAGGGCCGGCGAGGGGCGCGGCCGUCGCAGCUGCGAGUGCGGGAGCGGCGGCGAAGGAGGCGAAAACAACAGCAGCGGCAGGGGCAGCUUCGGACAUCGGCACCAUGCGUGAGAUCGUGCACAUCCAGGCCGGGCAGUGCGGCAACCAGAUCGGCGCCAAGUUCUGGGAGGUCAUCAGCGAUGAGCAUGGCAUUGAUCCCACGGGCAGCUACCACGGGGAUAGUGACCUGCAGCUGGAGAGGAUCAACGUCUACUACAAUGAAGCUGCUGGUAACAAGUACGUCCCCCGUGCCAUCCUCGUGUUAAGCCACCUGGUAUCAAAGGAAUUUCCAUGA